AUGUAGAGUUAAGCUGAAAAACUUUAAAUAUUGGAUAAUAAAGUUGCCGAAUUAAAAUUAAAAGUUAAUGAAGCUAAAUAAUAAGAGAGUUAAGCAAAAGAAAAUUUAAAAGAGUAUUAAAUACAGCUUGAAAAUGAACAAAAGAAUUUUGAAUAAAAAAUGCUUGAAUUAUAAAACAAAGCCAAAGAAGAUUUGGAAAUGUUAGCGAGAGAAAAUACCAAUCUUUCUUAAUCAUAAUAAGAGGAGUAUUAAAAAACGCUUGAAGAUUUGAAAGAACAAUAUUAGAAAGAACAAAAUGAAUUAGAACAAUAAGUAAAAGAAGCUGAUUCUAAAUAUAUAAAUAUCAACACAAAAUAUAAAGAAACGGAAGAGGCUCUCAAAAAAACAUAAGAAAUGAAACAAAAGUGUUAGGAAAAGCUCAAAAAAUAAAAGGAGGAAUAUGAAAAAGAAAAAAGUCUGUUUGAAUAAAAAGUAUAACAAGUUGAUAAUGAAGUUGAGAAACUCAAGGUGUUAAACAAAGAUACUGAAGAAGAGCUUCAGAAAACAAGAGAAGGUAAAUAAAAAUAUUAGGAGUAGCUUAAAACUUACAAAGAAAAAUUUGAAUAAGAAAGAUAGUAAUUAGAAGAACAAAUAAAAAAAGCUGAUGCUGAAGUUGAAAAAAUCAAUAAAUAAAACUAUGAAACUGAAUUAGAGCAUAGUACAGCUAAAAAUCAGAAAGAACUUUAUUAAUAAUAGCUUGAAAAAUAAAGGGAGUAAUUUGUUUCAAAAAUACUUGAAAUAGAAAAAGCCAAAGAAAAUUUAGAAAAGAAAGUAUUAGAAAAUACCAAAGAUAUUUAAUAGUAGCAGGAGCAUGAUUAAGAUAAAUAUUCUAAAUUGAUUGAAGAUUUGAAAAAAAAAUUUGAAGAAGAAAAAUUAAAAUUAUAAAAGAAUAUCCAAGAAGCCAAAGAAAAGGAAAAGGAAGCCUAAGAUAAGGAAAAGGAAGCCACAAGUAGUUUAGAAGAGAACAAGCGAUAGCUUUUAGGUUUAAAAAAUAAAUACGAACCACAAUAAUAGGAUGAAGAAAACUAUUAAUUAACUACAGCAUUCAACAAUAUUCGAAAGGAACUAUAGAAAUUUGAUAUAUCUGUAAUUGAUGAUUAAAAUAAAAAUGAAGAAGCUAUGAUGUAAUAAACAGAAAGAGUUUAAGAAUAAACCAUAUAAUAAGAAUAAUAAGUAUAAUAAGUAUAAAAUUAAAAUACUUAAAUACACCAUUAUAUAGAGAACCAUAAUAUUAUAUAAUGUUUAGAGGAAAUGAAAAAUAAAAUUAAGAGAACCAAUUUGGAUUUAGAAAAUUAAUGUUAAGGAAUAAUUAUGUAGUUAAAUAUCCAAAAAUAUUUGUAAUGA